GGGCUUUUCCACCAUUUACAUAGACAGCUCUCAUAGUCCAAGGCCACACAUACGCCCACUUUCCCUCUCUAUAUUUUGAUUUUUCAAUUUUUAGGCUUUAGGAUAAUGGGCAAGGGUCCGGGACUUUACUCUGAUAUUGGCAAAAGAGCUAGAGAUCUUUUAUACAGGGAUUACCAGUGCGACCAGAAGUUCACCAUCACUACCUACUCGCCCACUGGAGUGAGUAUCACUUCCUCAGGAACAAAGAAAGGUGAACUGUUUCUGGCUGAUGUCAAUACUCAGUUGAAGCACAAGAAUGUCACUACUGAUGUUAAAGUAGACACAAACUCCAAUCUCUUCACCACUGUCACAAUUGAUGAGCCUGCUCCUGGGUUGAAGACAAUUUUAAGUUUCCGAGUUCCUGAUCAAAGGUCGGGAAAGCUGGAACUUCAAUACUUGCACGACUAUGCUGGAAUAAGCUCCAGCAUCGGUUUGACUGCUAACCCCAUUGUAAACUUUUCUGGUGUACUGGGAAAUAAUAAUCUUGCUGUGGGGACUGAUGUGUCAUUUGACACCAAGGAAGGAGCUCUUACCAAAUGCAACUUUGGAGCAAGCUUUACAAAUGCAGAUCUUAUUGCUUCAUUGUCUCUGAACGAUAAAGGUGACACUCUAAGUGCGACAUACUAUCAUACAGUGAGCCUG